AAAUGAUUUACAUUCAACUCCGGCCAAUCUCUGCAGAUUAACUUCAUUUUUAUUUUAGAAAGUGCCCUUCAAAUUAGUUUAGAGUUCAAGAGAUUCUAACACAAAAUAUUGACACUAAAUCUUGUUCUACAUUUCCGCUUUCUCUUUCCUAAAUAAGACUACGUUGUGAAAUUGUCUGCUAUUUGAACGGCUCGCAGGGCGGGAACCGCAGCCAGUCAGGUUCAGUUCUCGCCGUUUCCUCAUCUCUCAGCAUCCGAGACAACUUGUAGCAAUCUGCUCAGCAGCGUCCGAAGUAGGAACCAACUUUUUUUUUGUCUGCUCUUGGACUUUGCGCCUCUCUCACACGGGCUAGACGAAGAUAUGGAGGAAAAGGAGGAAGAGCAUUCCGCCCAUGUUAUGGAACAGGAUGACGAUGCGCUGGGGGAUACUGUGGAUGCAAGGCCAGAUAGAUCAUCAAGAUUCACAUUUCUCAACAAGAAAAAAACAAAAGAUGAACAACGGCAGGAUCCUGAAAUAGCUGAUCGUCACACACGGAUUGUUGCACCCACACAUCUGUACGAUAUGAACUACAAAACACUAGGAAAAUGCAUUAUUAUUAAUAAUAAGCAUUUUGAUGAUGUAACAGAAAUGAACGUGCGUAACGGCACCGACAUUGACGCUGGAAAUCUGUUCAAGUGUUUUAGCUCUUUGGGUUUCCACGUUAUUGUUUUAAACGACCAGACUUGUUCUCAGAUGAGAACAGUACUGCAGGAUGUUUCUCAGGAAAACCACAGCAACAAUGCAUGUUUUGCCUGUAUCCUUUUGAGCCACGGCGAUGAAGGGAAGAUCUACGGCACCGAUGGACCAAUGCCCAUCAAGACCCUCACUUCUCUCUUUCGAGGUGAUGUGUGCAAGACCCUCGUAGGGAAACCAAAACUGUUCUUCAUUCAGGCUUGUAGAGGUUCAGAAUUUGAUGAGGGAGUACAAACGGACUCAGGUUCCGCCGGCGAAGUAGAAACGGAUGCAAAUCCUCGAUAUAAAAUCCCAGUAGAGGCUGACUUCUUGUAUGCAUAUUCUACUGUACCAGGAUACUACUCGUGGAGGAAUCCGGGCAAGGGCUCUUGGUUUGCACAGGCUCUGUGCAAUGCAUUCAGAGAAUAUGGGAAGGAUUUUGAGAUCAUGCAAAUUUUAACCAGGGUCAACUACAUGGUGGCCAUGCACUUUGAGUCUUGGUCUGAAGACCCCCGGUUCAGUGAGAAGAAGCAGAUCCCCUGCAUUGUUUCCAUGCUGACAAAAGAACUGUACUUUAAGCAGAAAUGAAGCUCUAUUUUUCCAUUAGUAUUUCAGGGAAAUGUUGAAUUGUAAAAUUUAAGUUGCUUUUUAGGUCUUUCUUUCGAGUGAUAAUUUAAAAUUGAGCUGUAGGAAACUGUAAGAUUCAGGGAAAACACUUGCUAUCUCUGUGAAUUUAUCGGUUAUUUUUUCUCUCUCUCUCUCUCACCUGGACUUCAUACAUUGGGACAUAAACUGAUGAUGUCUCUUCUCUGAUGUUGUCUGAAUCACUUCACAAUGCAGUUUAUAAAUGGCCACUUGAUAUAGCUGAAUAGUGCAAACUGACUCAUGAAUUUGUCUCGUUAAUCUGUUAUACUUUUUGCUUAAAGAUCCAAAGUACUUUAGACAAAGUCAGCAGUAUGAUUUACAGUACAGACUUAUUAAUGGGCUGCGAAUUUUAAACUUCUAGAAAUAUUUCAAUUAAUAUGUUUGGUGGAUGUGGUUUUGAUUAACAUUGGUUCAGUACUUGGAUGGGAGGAGUAGGGAGGGCUAUGGUCAAGGUGCUGGUCGAUGGGAUUUAGCAGAAUAACAGUUCAGCACGGAUUAGAUGGGUCAGAAAGGCCUGUUUCUAGGCUAUGGUGCUCUAUGACUUUACCUCAAGGUUGAACUCUUUAAGUGAAUUGUUGGGAAAUCUGUUUCUUACAUCUCAAUCCUGCACUGUUCCUUCGAGUGCUGUUCACUGCAAGCACAAGAAACCAAGAAACCUUUCCAUCCACCAGAACGUGCAGAGUAUCUCUUACCCCAUUAAUGUUGCCAGAAUUUACAUAUUUUGUUCCAGAAUCUGAAACAGUCAAAUUACUUCAUCUAAUUGCAUGUGAACACUUCUUGACAGAAUUUCCCUCCAUAUCAGAACUUACUAAUGAACAUCAAAUAAUGGAUUGGAAAUAGAACUCACAGACAGACACACGCACACAAAACUGUUCUUUUAUCUCGCAGUCGUUUGAUGUUGCUAAUAUAGAAUGCUGCCCUGUUUUCUUAAUAUGCUAAAAACUUGCUUCAAAAAUUGUGCAAAGAGGUUUGCCUUAUUUUAAUUAUUAUUAUGGUUAAUAACUAGAAAAGAACAUAACAGGGAGCAUGAUUUAUCUUGGUAAAAGCAGGAAAUGCCAAUGGAUAAUCUGGUUUCAAUUCAAAGUCAAAAGUUCAAAGUUCAAAGCAAAUUUAUUAUCAAAGUACGUAUGCGUCACCAAAUAUUACCCUAAUAUUCAUUUUCUUUGAUGCAUUCACAGUAGAACAAAGUACAAUAGAAUCAAUGAAAUAGUACACACAAGUAAAGACCAUGCAAAUACAAAAAGAAACAAGUAAUAAUAAAUAAAUAAUUCUGAGAACAUGAAACAUUGAAAACCUACAGCAUAAUUUUGGCCCUUCGGCCCACAAAUCUGUGCUGAACAUUUCCUUACCUUAGAAAUUACCUAGGGUUACCCAUAGCCCUCUAUUUUCUAAGUUCCAUGUACCUAUCCAGGAGCCUCUUAAAAGACCCUAUCGUAUCCACCUCCACCACUGUCGCCGGCAGCCCAUUCCAUGCACUCACCACUCUCUGUGUAAAAAACUUACCCCAACAUUUCCUCUGUACCUGCUUCCAAGCACCUUAAAACUGUGCCCUCUUGUGCUAGCCAUCCAGCCCUGGGGAAAAGCUUCUGACUAUCCACACGAUCAAUGCCUCUCAUUAUCUUGUACACCUCUAUCAGGUCACCUCUCAUCCUCCGUCACUCCAAGGAAAAAAGGCUGAGUUCACUCAACCUAUUCUCAUAAGGCAUGCUCCCCAAUCCAGGCAACAUCCUUAUAAAUCUCCUCUGCACCCUUUCUAUAGUUUCCACAUCCUUCCUGUAGUGAGGCAACCAGAACUGAGCACAGUACUCCAAGUGGGGUCUGACCAGGGUCCUAUAUAGCUGCAACAUUACCUCUCAGCUCCUAAACUCAAUCCCACGAUUGAUGAAGGCCAAUACACUGUAUGCCUUCUUAACCACAGAGUCAACCUGCGCAGCUGCUUUGAGUGUCCUAUGGACUCAGACCCCAAGAUCCCUCUGAUCCUCCACACUGACAAGAGUCUUACCAUUAAUACUAAAUUUUGCCAUCAUAUUUGACCUACCAAAAUGAACCACCUCACGCUUAUUUGCCACUCCAUCUGCCACUUCUUAGCCCAGUUUUGCAUCCUAUCAAUGUCCCGCCGUAACCUCUGACAGUCCUCCACGCUAUCCACAACACCCCCAACCUUUGUGUCAUCAGCAAAUUUACUAACCCAUCCCUCCAGUUCCUCAUCUAGGUCAUUUAUAAAAAUCACAAACAGUAAGGGUCGCAGAACAGAUUCCUGAGGCACACCACUGGUCACCGACCUUCAUGCAGAAUAUGACCCGUCUACAACCACUCUUUACAUUCUGUGGGCAAGCCAAUUCUGGAUCCACAAAGCAAUGUUCCCUUGUAUCCCAUGCCUCCUUACUUUCUCAAUAAGCUUUGCAUUGAGUACCUUAUCAAAUGCCUUGCUGAAAUCCAUAUACACUACAUCUACUGCUCUACCUCCAUUGAUGUGUUUAGUCACAUCCUCAAAAAAUUCAAUCAGGUUCGUAAGGCACGACCUGCCUUUAACAAAGCCAUACUGAUUGUUCCUAAUCACAUUAUGCCUCUCCAAAUGUUCAUAAAUCCUGCCUCUCUGUAUCCUUUCCAUCAGCUUACCAACCACUGAAGUAAGACUCAUUGGUCUAUAAUUUCAUGGGCUAUCUCUACUCCCUUUCUUGAAUAAGGGAACAACAUCUGCAGCCCUCCAAUCCUCUGGAACCUCUCCCAUCCCUAUUGAUGAUGCAAAAGAUAAUCGCCAGAGUCUCAGCAAUUUCCUUCCUCGCCUCCUACAGUAGCCUGGGGUACAUCUUGUCCGGUCCCAGUGACCUAUCCAACUUGUAGAGUCCUUGAAAGUGUGUCAGUAGUUUUGUGUCUAAUGAUCAGUUCAUGCAGUGGUGAUUGAAGAUAUCCACACUGGUUCAGGAGCCUGUUGGUUGAAGCCGUACAUACUUAAUAGACAGUCUAACAAAAUUUGUGUACUUAUUCUGGCCAUUUUAAGUUAUAUGAAUAAUUUCAUUCUCCCAGGUCAAUGUUAUGAGUGCUACCACAAUCUGAAACUGCUAAAUUAAAAUCUUACAAACUAUUACAGGGGAGCCAAGUUUCUUUGGUAUUCCAUAUUGCAUUGAGGAUGGAGACGUCAUGAAAAAAAAAUCUAAAGUAGCCAUACGUUUUGAAACAUGAUUGUGUUCCGCCAAACAAUAGUGUAGGCACUGAGAUUUCAUCUCUUCUCCCAGAAGUAGGCUAGUUAUUUGUCCUAAUCGUUAGCAUUAACAUCAUUAUGCGCCGUGUCGUAUGAACGUGAUUGUUCUUGGCAAUUCUACACAAGUGGUUUGCCAUUGCCUUCUUCUGGGCAGUGUCUUGACAAGACGGGUGACCCCAGCCAUUAUCAAUACUCUUCAGAGAUUGUCUGCCUGCUGUCAGUGGUUGCAGAACCAGGACUUGUAAGAUACACCAGCUGCUCAUACGACCAUCCACCACCUGCUCCCAUGGCUUCACGUGACCCUGAUCAGGGGCCUAAACAGGUGCUACACCUUGCCCCAAGGGUGACCUGCUGGCUAGUGGAAGGAAGGUGUGUCUUACACACCUCCUUUGGUGGAGAAGUAUCUCCACCCCACCACUCUUUUGCACAGCCACAGAAUCGAGAGAUAUCCAUAUGGAACAGAGAUUAGGAAAAAAUUCUUUAGCUACAUGGUGCUGAAUCUGUGAAUUCCAUUGCCACAGACAAAGUCAUUGGGUAUAGUUAAAGUGGAGGUUGAUAAGCUCUUAGUCGGGGUGUCAAAGGUUACGGGACAAGUCAGGAGAAAGGUAUUGAGAUGGAUAAUAAAUCAGCCAUGAUGGAGAAAAUGGCCUCAUUCUGCUCUUACGGGAGGUCUUACAGUCUUAUUCAAAAUGCUUGUAUUGAGAAAAUAGUAUAGUUCAUUAAUUUCUGGUUUGUGAAAGAUAUUUAUUAUCAAGGAUUUUUAAUGAAUUUGAAGCUGCAUGCUUGAUGAUUACAUGAAACACAUAGGAGGACUUUGAAUUGUAUAUUCCGUAUUUUGAAUCUAUGAAGUCCUGUCAGUCAUAAUUCAAGAAAAAUAACUACCCUUUUGCUAUUAAUGUGCUAAUGAUUAGAUAAUGUUUUUAAGUGACACUGGUUGAGGGAUAACCAUUAUUCUGGAAACCAGAGAGAACUCCUCUUUAUUGAGGUAGAUUCAGGGGUUCCCAACCUUUUUUUAUGCCAUGGCCCAAUACCAUUAAGCAAGGGGUCCAUGGACCCUAGGUUGGUAACCCUGAGGUAAUUAGAGAUUGUAGAACUUGUACUUCCAUAGAAAAGAACCAGACAGGCCUUCAGUUUCAUAAAAGGGUAGCAUUGUCAGUGCCAGUCUGAUACAGCAUCAGCAUUCCUUCGCCUCCACGGAUGCCUCGUUGGCCCACAGCAGUCGUCCAGCAAUUUGGCUUUUUUUGUUCCAGAUUCCGGUACCUGCUGUUUCUCGUGUCUUCAGCCCAAACUUCAGGGUCAGAUCACUGGAAAAGGGAAUUUAUUUAUUUAUUGAGAUACAGCGCGGAAUAGGACCUUCCAGCCCUUCGAGCCACGCCACCUAGUCCUCUGCCAAUUUAAUCCUUGCCUAAUUACAGGACAAUUUACAAUGACCAAUUAACCUACCCACCACUAAGUACAUCUUUGGACUAUGGGAGGAAACUGGAGCACCUGGAGGAAACCCAUGUGGUCACGGGGAGAACAAACAAACUCCUCACAGGCAACGGUGGGAAUUGAACCCGUGUCACUGGUACAGUAAAGCAUUGUGCUGCCCCACCUUCUGAUUAUGACAGCAACAUUACCAGAGCAUUUCUGUAUCUUCUUGGGUAUUUCUGUGUGGAGAUUGGAUCAGCUCGUUCACUCGUGUUUUGAGAUUCAUGUCAUGCGAAAUAUUUUCAAGUACUCGACCUCUGAGAAUGGUCUUGGUUCUGCUUGAAGAUGGCCUUCAGCCAAGUUAUGUACAGACUAACUGCAGCCCAAUUGACAGCAGCCAGCCACUUUGUCUUCCCAUUGAGAAGUUAAUAAAUAACAAUCCUUUUCUAUUAGUCAAUUAUCAGGCAUUCAAGAACAAACCCAAGACGUGCAUUUCAUAUUUUCUUUUUUAUGGCUAAUUUUUUUGUUGCCUAAUCACCAGAUGAUUGAACUAAUUGUAUACACACAUACACAGAUUGCUGAAUCAGGAAAUUUAUCACUGUCUUCUAUGACAUGAGAUUUGUUUUUGUGGGAACAGUAUAGUGCAAAGACAUAAGUUAUAUUAUAAAUAUAAUUAUAAAUAAGUUAUAUUAUAAAUAUACUUAAAUAUAAUUAUAAAUUUACAAAAUAAAUAAAUAAAGGAAUGAUGAGGUUGUGUUCAUGGGCUUGUGGGCCAUUGAGAAAGCUGAUGGCGGAAGGGAAGGAGACUAAGAUGAGCAACACACACAAAAUGCUGAAGGAUUCAUGGUGGAGUGGCGGAGCAGACUCGAUGGGCCGAAUGGCUUACUUCUGCUCCUUUGUCUUGAGAUCUUGUGAACUCAGCAGGUCAGGUAGCAUCUAUGGGAAAGAGUAAACAGCCAAAGUUUCAGGCCAAAAUCUUUCAUCACGACUGGAUUUCCUUUGGAUUUUCAGCAUCUGCAUAUUCUCUCAUGUUUGUGGUAACUAUUUCAUUUAACACAUUGUGCACAAUAUUUUUAAAUACAGCAAGUUGUCAUACAGUAUAUAGACAAAUAGUUCUCAGAUAUUGAAAUGCUUUCAAUUAGAACAUAUAUAAGAAAAAAACAGCAUGAGCAAACCUAACUUAUCCACAAAUCCAUGACAUACUUACUUAGUUUACUUUGAUUUCACAACUAAUGUUUUAGAAGUAACUUACUGAAUUGAACUGACUUUAUUUCUUACAUCCUUCACAUACAUGAGGAGUAAAAAUCUUUACAUUACAUCAUCUAAAUGUACAACAUGCAAUCAUAGGAAUUUAUUAUAAAUAGAACAGUCAAUGUAACAUAGAAAUUCACUCAAAUCAACGUGAGUUAAUCAGUCUGAUGGCCUGGUAGAAGAAGCUGACUGGGAACCUGUUGGUCCUGGCUUUUCUGCUGUGGUACUCAUAAUUGUGGUUGGGGUAACUCGGGUCCCCAAUGAUUCUUUGGGCUCUUUUUACACACCCGUCUUUGUAAAUGUCCUGAAUAGUGGGAAGUUCACAUCUACAGAUGUGCUGGGCUGUCCACACCACUCUGCACAAUCCUGCAAUUAAGAGAGGUACAGUUCCCAUACCAGGCAGUGAUGCAGCCAGUCAAGAUGCUCUCAGUUGUGCCCCUGUAGAAAGUUCUUUGGAUUUGAGGGCCCAUACCAAACUUCCUUAACCAACACACAUAAAAGUUGC